AUGUCUACAUUGGAUUCUCCUAUACCACUCUCUGACAUAGAGGCGGUUCUAGCAUGGGUCGACACAUUCAAGUUGUCCAGACCGACUAAGAAGAUCAAUAGGGAUUUCUCAGAUGCUGUACUUCUCGCUGAAAUGCUAAGCUUCCACUAUCCGAAAUUGGUAGAGAUGCAUAAUUACCCACCACGCAAUAGUCAUGCGCUGAAGUUAAACAAUUGGAUGACGCUAAACAGAAAAGUAUUGAAGAAGCUCCGUUUAAACCUUUGCUGUAACACCAUGGAACAGCUGGCCAAUAGCGCACCGGGAGUCAUAGAACGAGUGUUGUUGAUGGUUCGUGAUAAGGUACGCCGUGAUGAAGAGCUUAAUAAAAGCAUGAAGGAAACUGAACAAAAUGUCUCUAGUGGCGGCAGCUAUUACGAAGCCUGUGGCGACGAUGAGAACGUUCUACUAGUGCCAAUGAAGACACGUGUGAAUGGUGUCUUAGAGACGGUGCAACAGAAAAUGGUGAGCUAUGAAUUCUAUCAAACCCUGAAGGAGGAACUCAAAGAUGCAAAGGAUUCGGCGGAACUGCUAAAACAGAAGGUGGUAGAACAUUUAGAUAAUUUGCUCAAAUUGAAAGACGAGAGAAUAGAAGAGCUUCAACGGCAACUGGAAAGAAAACAAAGUAGACGUAAAGAAGUAGAGGCUCAACAAAAUAGCAUUUCUGUACCAUUUGAUGUAAUACAAUCACCUGUCGUGGCCGAUAUCAUGCCCCUCAGUAGAAAGUCAUCAGUAAAAGCAUUUGAAUCGAACUCAAAAAUAUCUAGAGAAGAAUCUAAGAUUCCAAUACCUAAAUCUGAAUCCGCUAUUCCUAAGACAAUAUCGAAACCCAGCAUAACGGAAGUGUCACCGGCAGAUAUAAUUAACAAUCAAGUAAAUACUGUAGAUGUAGUAAGAUCAGAUGUAUUCCAAGAUAUCAAAAAUUUUGAAUAUACUGCCUUUGUUGACCAUAAAGAAAGUGUUGAAGAGAAGGUAAACUCGAUAGAGGUAAUUAUCCAAAGUGAAGACAAGAGUCCACCUGAUUCUUUAGAGAUCGAUGAGUUCAAAGAUAGUUCUGAGAAUGCUGUCAUUACAAUAGAAGCAUCUAUAAAGAAAGAAAUAACGGACAUAAUUACGCCAAGUCAUAAUACAGCCGAUCUUAAUUACAUUAUAUAG